GAGAGCAUGAGAGACAAAGAGAGAGGGAGGGAGGAGGACAAGGGAGGAAGAAAGACAGAAGGGAAAGAAAAAGAAUAAGGAAGGAGAAAAGAGGGAGAGGCCAUCUGCGAGGGAGAGUGCCGGAACCCAGGAGGGGAGAAACAGACUGAGCGAGGCCGAGAGAGAAGGCCGAGAGCGGGGAAUGAGCAAUGCGGAGCCGGGAGAAACAGCCGCGGAAGGAGGUAGAGACCAGGUAAGCCGGGAGCGGACACGGACACCAGGCGCAGCAGGAACAGACAGCAGGAGGAGACAGUCAGAAAGGUGGAGCUAGAGCGAGGGACAGACAGAACUGGACGGAGGGACCGACCUGCCGCCUGCAGGUGCACAGACGGGCUAAAGGUUAGCCCUCGGGUGGGGAGGCUGGGUGCCCGCCCCGGAGCCUACCAGGCCCGGCCCCUCCCACUUGCUCUGGCCCAGCCUCUCCCCCUCGUGGGGCAGUGCGCCGGCGGCCUUCUCACCUGCCCAAUGGGGGGGGAGCCGACAGCACCUUACUAGGCCUGGGGCAGUGUUAGCGCUCAGGGAUCACAGCUGUCAUCCUUAUAAAUGAUGGGAGGCCAAAAGAAGAAAUGAGAGAGGGGAAAAAUAUCCAGAGAUGUUCGAAGGUUUCAUAUCCCCGCCUCCGCCCUAGUCCUGGAUUCCAGAAUCUGACAGGUAGGUAGGGAGCUGCUUGCCCAAGGGGCCCAACUCCAAAACAGGUGAGGCUCCCUCUGACUCUGCAUCCGGGAAGCCAGGCCAUGCCUUCCCCAGUGAGGCAGGCCUGGCUGGACUCCCGGGUCUGAGGGAGGAGGUGGCUGGGGGGGGGGGGGGGGGCCUGGAUUCCAGGGCCCUUUGAGGAGGAAGGGACUAGGGGCCUGAACUCCUGGGUCCCUGCUGAGGAAGGGGCCAAGGGACUGAUUCCUGGGUUCCUGGGGGAGGAGGGGGCCGGGGUCCCGGAUUCCUGGGUCCUGGCACCCACCCGUAGAACCGACCUUGCGGGGCCUUCGCCGCACACAAGCUCGAGUCUGUGGGUCCGUGUCGGGGGCUCACCAUCGCGGCUGGGGUCUUCCCGGCCCUCCCCGCCCUCCCUGGUCCUCCUGGCCCCCAUCUGUCCGUCCAUCCGUCUGUCUGUCCACCUGCCGCGCCCCCCGGGCUGAGGUAGGAGGUUGUAUAGUUGAGGAGGACACCCACGGAGAUCACUAUACGGCCUCCUAGCUUUCCCCAGGCUGCGCCCUGCACGGGACGCCCGGCGGGGACCCCAGCCCCGGACCGCUGCCCCAUGCCGGGGGGACCCUGGGUGGAGGAGCUGGGCUGUCUCUCCAUCUCCACUGUGUCUCUGGAGUCUUCUGUGUGUCUGCACAGCGGCCUCUCAGACUCUGUCUUCAUCUCUCUCUUACUGUGUUUUCUGGCAUCCCUCCAUGUCUCAGCUCCUGUCUCUCGGGAUCUCACAGUAUCUCUGUGCCAUCUCCACUCUGACCCCACACCCCCACCCCACGCCAGCGCCUGUCAGGCCACCCCAUACCACACUGCCGGCCUCUGGGUCCCUGAGACCCUUUAACCUGUGAGGACAUCCAGGGUCACAGGUGAGGUUCUUGGGAGCCUGGCGUCCGGACCAACCACAAGCCUGGGGAUUGCCCACCUGACCCCUGACCGCUCACACCCUUCCUCCUGGAAAACCCAGAGCUUGACGUUUGGCCAGCCACAGAAAUCCGACCUCUGACCCUAGACCACGUGCCCCUCCCCCCCACCAUGGUGACCUCACAAAGGUCACCAGCUUCUCCCCGGGCCUAGACCCUCCGCUAUGGCCCUGCUGGCCCAAGACAGCGCUGUCCCGUGUGCCCUGGUGGCCCUCACGGUCUUCAGGGCCCCCGCCUGGGCCUGUCUGAUCUGCUUCACAUCCUAUAAGGAACGCACCCGCAUCUGCCAGAUCUUUGCUGGUAAACAGGGCCCCGAGCUGGACAAGUGUCAGGAGGCAUUCAGCAGCGCCUUUGCGGACCUCGCCGACAUUGAAAUCAACUACGAUGAGAGAAGCCAUCUGCAUGACGCCUUCACCCAGAUGACCCACUCUCUCCAGGAGGUAGCUGCCGCCCAGGGCUCCUUUAACGUUGCUUUCCCUGAUGCUGCCGAGAAAAUGCGGAAGGUCAUUAUGAAGCUUAAAGGAGCCCAGGCCUGCGUCCCUCCCUGCGGGUUCCAGGAUGUCGCCCGGCGUUUCCUCUGCUACGGGUGCUACUCCAAGGCCUGCAACUUCCCGCUGGACUGCCCAGGUGAGAGGCGGGGCCUGGAAGGAGAAGAAACGGACUUGACGGUGACUCGGGGUCAGCAGGCUAAGUUCUCCUGCACUGUGAACUUCCAACUGCCUAAGGAAGAAAUCACCUAUUCCUGGAAGUUCGCAGGAGGAGGUCUCCGGACGCAGGACCAGUCCUACUUCCGAGACAUCCCGCGGGCUCAAGGAUACCUGGCGCGGAUCCGGCCGGUGCAGCCCACGCACAGCGGGACUUUCUCUUGCUCCAUCCUGCACGACCAGCGCCCAGUGGCGCGGCUCUACUUUUUUCUUAACGUGACCAGUGCGCCCCCGCGUGGGGAGCUCGAGCUCCAGGUCUCCUUUCGGGAAGUGCUGCGCUGGGCGCCGAAGGAGACGGAGACGUUGGAACCAUGGAGGCCAAGCCUGGGCGAGCUGCUGGCCAGGCCCGAGGCUCUGACGCCGGGCAACCAGUGCCUGCUCGCGGCCCUCGCAGCCGUAGCGUCAGCCAGUGCGACCCUUAUGGUGUGAUUCUUUCCAUCUUUGAAGCUGAUCAGUACUGUCGCAGGUAGCAGGAGAGGCAGCGGACCCCAGAUACGUUCAGGCGGAUAGGCUCCUAAUGGCGGGAGUAUGUACAGUUGUCGCAGUGCAAGGGCCUGUGCUGAGGGCUUUAGGUGCAAGCCCAGACCCCUCCCGGGAUUUCUGGCAGUCUCUCUGACAUUGCAGCCUGCAGAAGACACCCUCAAAUAGAGUCCUUGAUGUCUCCUUGAAAGCCCGUGCCUCCCUGAGGCUUUCCUGCUAAAGGCGCCCCCGUCCACCCAGCUGCUCCCCCAGAAACCUAAGUUUAAUUCCUCCUCCUCUCCGGUUUUCAUGCCAGAGCCUUUUUAACUCCUAGACAUCUCGUGCAGCUGCCCUCUCUCUGUGGUCCCAGUCACCAUCAUCUCUUGCCUGGAUCACUGCAGCAGCAUCCCCACUCGCCCCCCUGCCUCGACUCGGCCUUGCCCCGCUGCAGUCCGUCUUCCACAUAGCAGCCAGAGUAAUAUUUUAAUGUAUGUCAGAUCAGAGGCGCCUGGGUGGCUCAGUCCGUUAAGGGUCCAGCGCUGGAUUUCGGCUCAGGUCAUGAUCUCACAGUUCA